AUGAUGCACUUUCUUACUGGGAUAUAUGAAUGGGCAAGGAGUUAUGUGAUUGGAUGGUAUACGCACUUUGGAGUACGUAAACCAUUUCAAACUGGAGGGAAGAAACUGAAGAUCGAGGAAGAGAGAGAAGAUGUUCCUACGAAGUUUGGAGAGAGAGAAGAUGCGAAGUUUGAAGAGAGAGAGAAGAUGUUCAUACGAAGUUUGAAGAGAGAUAAAACGCAAAACCUUGAAGAACAUCUCUGGAACUCCGACCUUAUUCUCUCUCCUCCAUUUGCUCUCCUUCGUGAUUCUCUCUCCUCUCCUCACCGCUACCGAUCCUCGUCUGCUACAACCACUGCACCGCCACCAUAUCCACGCUGCUAUAAUCUAUGCAUCAUCUCCUCUGCUACAAUUGGAAAAUCCACCCUGACUGAUUCUUUGGUGGCUGCUGUCGGGAUCAUAUCCCAGGAAACUGCCGGUGAUGUUCGGAUGACUGAUAUCCGUGCAGAUGAAGCUGAACGUGGUAUCACUAUCAAGUCCACUGGAAUUUCUCUGUACUAUGAGAUGACAGAUGAAGCUUUGGCUGCAUUCAAGGGAGAGCGUGCCGGCAAUGACUAUCUUAUCAACCUCAUCGAUUCUCCUGGACAUGUGGACUUCUCAUCAGAGGUUACUGUUGCCCGCCGUAUCACUGACGGGGCUGACUUUGUUUCGGUUUGGUAUGUGAUUAGCUGACCUACUCUUUUAAAGUAGAAGGACUAAUGUGAAAAGUUAUGUACACUGCAUGACAAAUUCACAAGAUAAUGGCAUGGUGUUUGAGGCAAUGCAGAUCCAGGUAAGUUUUUAUCCAGAAAUGUGACUAUGUCU